CAUGGCGGCGGGGAGGCGCCGCCCGCCCUCACCGCGCUGUGGUAACGGCGCCGCGCUUGGCGGCAGUGCCGUAAGGCGCCGCGGGCGGCGGAGCGGGGCCGCCAUGGACCGGAGGAAGAAGCCGCUGGACGUGGCCGCCUCCUCGCUGGUAGACCUCAAAGCAGAACUCUUCCGAAAGCAAGAAGAAUUCAAGAAAGAAAAGCUAUUGAAAGAUGCUGGCAUCUUUGCAAAGCCCAAACCCCUUAAUAAGAAACCAAGUAUCUGGAACAAACAAAACACAGGAGUUGCAAAUCGAGCUGAGAAAGAUGUUGAGCAGAAGGCAGAAGAGGAUCAAACGUUAGAUAAAUCAAGGAAGAAACUAGAAGAGAAAGCCAAGCUGUACGAGAAGAUGACAAAAGGCGACUUCCCAGAUGAAGAAACUGAAGAUUUGUACCUAGUGGAUUUCACUCAGAAGAUCAUAGACAAACAGCGAGAAGUACAGGAACUGUAUCAGAACGAAGCUGCUAAAAAGACUUUAGAAAAAGAGAUGGAUGAUGAGGAGACUGAACCAGAAAUGGAAAUACCACCACCAGAGGACCCAGACGAAGAAUGGGUUGAUUAUGUUGAUUCCUUAGGCCGAUCUAGACGCUGUAUGAAGAAGGAUUUACCAAGUCUGCUUAAAAUGGAUCAGGAACUUCAAGGGAAAAGACUAGACCCUGAUGGGAAUACUCUGCUAUCUGAAGAUAUGAAGAGAGAACUUCAGAGACAGCAGUGGGAAAAAGAAGAAGAAGAAGCCCUCAGAAAACCCAUGGGACCCAUACAUUAUGAGGACAUCAGAGAAAAUGAGGCCAGGCAGCUUGGUGUUGGUUACUUUGCCUUUUCUCGUGACCAAGAGCUUAGACAUAAACAACGGGCAACACUGGAUAUGCUGAGAGAGCAGACACUUGAUCAAAGAACUAAACGUGAACAGAUAAAAGAAAAAAGGAAGGCAGCUCUAGAAGCCAGGCUGUCUAAACUUCGAGCACGGAAGGUUAAGAAAUUAAGGGAAGAUGGGUUAGAGGAAGAGGCAGCAAAACUGGAGAACGGAGAGGUGAAAGAUGCUACUGGUCCAGUACAAGCUGAACAGGAGGCUCCGAGAGCUACCUCAGCAAGUAGAAAGGUAGAGGUUGUCAUCCAGGAGAGAAGAGAUACAAAGCCUGGCGUGCCUUAUGUCCGUGAGUGGGAUAAAGGCAAAGAACUGAUGUUUGGACAAUGGUCAAAGAAGCAGGAAGAACUCAGAGAUGAACGAGAUCCAGAAUUUGCACCACCUUCUGAUUAUUUUGUGGGACAAAAGAAAGAUGAUGAUUACAAAAGCCAGAACUUGAACAGUCCUAAAACCACCUUUGAAAAGCCGGAACCAGAAGCUUCACAGAACCAGCAGAAACCAUCAGUGCAGGCUGACACCAGCAGCACUGCAGUUGUGCCACCGUCAGUGCAAGCUUACAGCAAUGAUGUUCAAGAUAAAUCAGCAUCAGCGGAGGCCUCUGGCAGCGACAGUGAAGACGGGUCAACAUCAGAGACUGACAGCAGCGAUGAUCAGGAGGGGCUGUCGUCAGCGCACGCUUACACCUGUGGUGCUCAAAACAUGCCGCCACCAAUGCACGCUUACGGCUAUGGUGCUCAACAUGUGCUGCCACCAGUGCAGCCGUACGGCUACGGCAUUCAUGAUAUGCCAUUUCCAAUGCAGACUUACGGCUACGGCGCUCAGCACAUGCUGCCACCAAUGCAGGGUUAUGGUUACAGCGCUCCAGAUGUGCCAUUUUCAAUGCAGGCCUAUGGCUAUGGCACGCAGGAUGUGCUGCCGCCAGGGCACAGCUGUGACUGCAGUGCUCAAGACGUGCCCCCACCGGGGCACACCUGCGACUGCAGCACCCAAAAUUUGCAGCCGCCGGGGCACACCUGCGACUGCAGCACCCAAAAUUUGCAGCCGCCGGGGCACACCUGCGACUGCAGCACCCAAAAUUUGCAGCCGCCGGGGCACACCUGCGACUGCAGCACCCAAAAUUUGCAGCCGCCAGGGCAGAGCUGCGACUGCAGCACUCAAGAUGUGCCACCGCCUGGGCAGUCAUACAGUGGUGACACUCAAAAUCAAGCACCACUUUACCAAAGUUUAGAUGAUAUGCUGUCUUAUUACAGACAAGUGACUUGAACUGAGCAAAAUAAUAAAUAAGAAUUGUAAUUUAAAGAACUAAAAUCAAAUUAUCUGUCGGCAAGAAUAUUUUCCUACAUCUGGGAAAAAUAGAUAUCUGUAAGUAGAUCGAAAUAAAUCUCCUGGAGACCUAAGCAAUGUUACAUCACAGCUGUACUUUUUCCCUGUUGGUUCUCUUUUUUUUUUUCCCCUCUAUUAAAAUUCUUUAGCAUUGCUUAUCUAGUUUAGUAUAUGUUUUUAUUCUUUUCCACUAAUGCCUGAACUUUGGGGUAUAGCUUCUGGUUUGGAGGUACUACAAGUUCAGUAAUAUCUGUAGAAACAGUAUGGAAAGGGCAGGAGCAGGCUUUCUGCUGCUAAAUACAAACGUUUUAAGGAAUGUUACCUACAUAAUCUCCUGACUUCAGAGACGGGAAGUACAGAAUGUUAUCUAGUGAUAGUUGUGGCGAGUACUCCGCAUGGUCAUAAUGCCUUCUGCAUUCCUGAGGUCUGUAUAUAACUUGUAAUUCUGUGAAGCAGAUCAGAGUUGGAAAGAGGCACUGCAGAAAUCAAUAAAUAAUGAUGGUAAGACUAAGAAUAAAAGCUUCAGUGAAGUAGAAGCCUUGACACCUGAAAUUGCUGUCUUACUGGUUUAGAAAAUGCUCUUAUUGUUCGAGUACAUUCUUCUUGCAUUGUAUAUGCGGCUUUAUUUUAUUUAAUACUUUUUCUUUCCUAAAAGCUGUUAAUUGUGGUGAUUUUAUAUAUAAAAGCAGCCUGACCUCUACCAAACAAGCUUUUUUAUUUCAGAAUCUCAGGAAAUGACAGUAAUACGUACUUACCAUUUAGAAAAUUUUGAUUUCUGAAGGCAAUUUAAAUACCUCCUAUUUGUAUUUUAAAAGCUCAUAAAAGCUAGAAAAGUGUGCUAGAAUGGGCAAUUCCAUAGAUUGUGUAAAUUUAAAUGGCAGUGAUGUUCUCAAAGUAAUGGACAUUUGAACCAAAUACCAAAGCGGGCAGAGACACAGAUAAGGUGCUACUCUUAGGUGUGUCAGUGGGAUCUCAGGCUGUUCUGCAAAGCCUGGUGAACAGCAAUGUCCCUACCACAGCAAAAAGCAGUGCUCAGGGUCACUGAGCAAACUUGUCAGCAUGCAGAACACAUUCACUGUCCCCAAACUAUGUUUUAACCUCCGCUAUUAAACACACUUCCAUCUCUCUUCUUCCUAUAUUGCUUACAGCAGAAAUAACACCCUGCAAGAGCACCGGUGGUACCAUUUUAAAGGCACAAAAUACUACAGUCUUUUUAUUGCUACCAAAUGGUUAAGAGACUGGAGCUUUACGAUGACUUUGGGUUUCUGUUUCUCUGAACAGACCUAGAAUUUCAGGAUAGUAUGACUAUUAAUGGCAACAUCCGCAGUACUACUUUUUUGCUGCUGCUGACCUGAAUUCAGCUGGUGAGCUUAGCAUUAGGGGUUUACAUUUCCUCCUUUCCUUGAAUCUCUUCAGUAUGAAUAAAGAAUCUGAACAUAAAUAAUGAUUUUAUACUGAUGACUAAGAGGAAGAGGUUAUAAAUCAGUCUGUUUUUACCAGAUGUGACAGCAUCAAAGCACAGUUUUUUUUCCUGCCAACUUUGGUUCAACCUCAGGUUAGUCAAUAUCCACGAGGUGGCACUCUAAUCUUACAAAUUUGCCAUAGGAAACUACCAGUAUAAACCCGUUUACUGCUAUUUAUUUCAUAGUAAUGUUGAAAUACUCCGUGAUGACCCUGAUCCCAGGAGAAAUUUUUCAAACUUUGUGUCACCCCACAUUUAAUUCUGAGUUUAAAACAGUUGCACUGUGCUUCAGCAGCUUUCUUCCAUAAAGAUAAGAAGCUGUCAGAACACAGUUUCAAGAAGCAAAUUGCCUUGGUUUUUUUGCACAUUGAUUGAAGGCAAUAAUAGAAGCAAGAGGUGGAAGGAAAAGGUGUAAUUUUAAGUCAUUGAGUUUGUGCAAUCCUGUUAGAUGUGUACAUAAUUGUAGGAUUGCAUGUCAGAAUUAACCCCACUUGAAUAGAAGUGAAGCAUUUUAAGGAUGUUUUGGGUUGUGUACUUAAUGCCUUCUUAGCCACUCUGUCUAGAAUCACAAUACGUUGCAAUUAUUUGUAAAUUAGGCCUCAGAAUGGUAUUCUGAAGUCAGAUUGUAACAUUGACCCUGUUUUGCAGGAAAAAAAUUUAAAAAAAAUGCAGAGGCAAGGUCACAAAGCAAGUCUGUGGCACCGCAAAAGUUCAAACCCAGUUCUCCAGUCUGGCUGACUUAUGCUAGAGAUGUUUCGUAUUUAAGACCUCACAUGAAUCUGUGAGUAUGAUUCAGAGUAGGGUAUGAUUUUCUUGGAGCUGAACUAACCCCAAAGAGUGGGCAAAGCAUUUAAAACUUUAGAGCAUGACUGGAAUUCAUUAUGGCGAUCAUAUCCCUUUGAUGGCUUUCCCUAUAAACAAAGUUUGUAUCUAUCCUGCUACUACUUUAAUCGUCUGUAUUCAUUUCCUGCUGCGCUCUGGGCUUUGUUUUUUCUGUGCCCUUGAGACUAGGGGUAGUUUUAUGUAUGUGUGUGAUGUAAGAGCUGUACUGUCUUUGCAUUAGUUUAACACCGAGCUGGAGCUGCACUAAGGAAUGAAUGCCAUUUUUAACAGUACUAUGUAAAAACUCAUGAUCAAAGUGUUCCUUUGUCAGCUUUAUUUCCAUGGCCUAAUAUUAAACAGGAGGACUCUUGCCAGGAAGGCAGUUCAGUGUCUACAUUUUUAAUGUAGACUUCCCCAGGAGGUACCAGUGGUGGCUCAUGUUGCCUUCGGUUCACUCCACAGAGCCAGGGACAGGGCCUGGCUCUUGGGCAACAUAUCUAAGGCAUCUUUGUCCCACGUCUUUAUGUAAGUAUUGUUUUGAUAUGCAAGUUAUCUUUGUCCAAAAUGCAGAAGAUGUUCAGGCAUGCUUGAAUUUCAACCUUCACCUGCCCCUGGCUGGCAGGACUCAAUCUGAUCUCCAGAGAAACCCCUUUAGAGCAGACAAUUUUCUCUGUGUCACCAAAGACUGAAUUUCCUCCCCUUGGAGGGAGGGAUCUGGAUCUGGCAGUGAACUAUGAGCAUGUCAGCUAAGGCUCCUAGAAGGGGUAGAAAGUAACUGGCUGCAGUUCUGUAAUGUUAGAGGCAGACACUACAUGCAUCAAAUUGCCCUUGUCGGCUGUUUUUGAUACAAAUGGCUCUCCAAAUCCUUCAGUGGCCAAGGCCUUGUACUGAUACCAGUUGUAUCAAGAGUUCUAAAAUUGUUAAGUUCCUGUGCUGUUAGAUCCUAAUGUUUCACAACUUGUAGUAAAAUUGGGCCAAGAUCUUCCCCCUUCUCCCUUUUUUGGUCUGUUGAAGUGUCUAAAACUUACAUCCUACCUUGUCCUGUAAGACCCAAGAUACUGACUUUGCAUCUUAAAAGCAGUUAAAGAUGUUAAAAACAGGCAAGAACAAAUGUAAAAAUACUAAGAGCAUAUGAAUGAUUACAUUUAUUUUCCCCUCUGUCAAAGAUACGGCCUCAAGUGGGCCAUUGAAACUUGAAUUUUCAUGAAGAUUCCAUUGAAAUUUAACGGUUCUAGCUGGAAGUUUACUUUGUAAUUAAGAAAGUGCUUUGCUUGCUUUCUCUAAUUAAACAAACUAAAAUUCCUUUUUCACAGUUAUAAAGUAAACGCUAUUCUCAGUAAGUAUCUAAAAGAAAAAUAACUCCCAUACUUCUAGAAAGUUUAAAAUACGUUUAGCCCCAUUUAAGGAGAGGGAUCUAGGAGAUGGAGGAGGUUGCUCUGGCGCUGUGCUGCCAGCCCAGCACUAUCUCCUGUCAUGAUUUCAACUGAUAGACAGAGGUGCCAGAUCAUGGUCAGCCAUCACCCCCCACACUCAGUGAUUGUGGUGCUUUGACCUUUAAGUGCAAAGUGCCUGAAACCUGAUGUAUAUUUAUGGUAACGUGGGCUUUUGCUGAUAGAAGUCUUGUAUGGCUACAAUAAAGGGUGCUGUUCCCUGGCCUUCCAGCUCAGAUUGCAGCUGUGACCAGAAUUCAGAGAAUGGUCCUUCUGCUUGUAUCACUCAGAGGCUUCCAGGCUGUAUGCAGCGGUGCUAACAAACACCAUUCAGUGCUUAGCCUGUAUCUUUUGCUGUCUAUUGCAGGGCGUUCCUGCCCGAUACCUUUCUUAAAAGCAUCUUGGUCACAGACCAAUGUCUGGUUGCUUCACAAUAGUUUGCGUUCAGCUCGCCUUUUGACUGGAACAGGUAUUAAGAAUUUUAAACUCCCACUCCUAGAUUUCACAUAAUUUCUCUAGUUUAAGUGAGCCGUUCAUCACGUUUUAGCCUUGCUGAAGCUUUUUAAUAAAGCAUGUUAAACACAAAGGGCUCAUUUGGAAACCUUUUCAUUCCCUUUCUUAUCAUUUGUUGCUCUUCGCUGGGUUAACGGAAGCAGUUGCUGCAGCACUAGGUAUGAAGAUAGCUGUGAAUUACACUCUUCUACCACUGGCUUCCGCAGACAGAGACAGAGCUGGUGCUCAGUCAGAGUUUUUAUUCCAGUCCUUUUAACAUAGUCACCUUGGUAGUAGUUUUGUACGCUCCACAUCUCAUUACAGAGGUCAGAGGUUUCCAGAAAUACUUAAAGCUGUGAUCUGGUACUUGCUGUCUUGCAAAGCUCCACUAAAAUAGGAAUACCUGGGAGGCAAGCAGAAUACUGCAUAUGAUUGUUAGUGUUUGAAGAAGAAAACGGUGUUUUUUUCUGCACAGAAAGAAUUACCCAGUCAUUUAUCCUAGCCAUAGAAAAUACCAAGAAAGGAGAGAAGGAAUGUUGCCCUUCAACAAGAAUGUGUUCGUGUAUCUUUUUUGAGACAGAGGCACCAGCCUUUGUCAGAGUAUUUUUCCUUUUUUUAAAGCAAAAAUACGUACAGAGAGAGACAGAAAAUGGGCAUUUUUUGUAGAAAAAAAUAUCUGCAUUUUGGGUGAAAAUCUUCCAAGGUUGCUUACAAUGACUCAUUGCAAUGUCUAGUUCAGAGCCACUUUCGCUUUAAGGGGAGCGUACACAGUACCACAAAUCCAAGCUACAAUACUACAAGAGUUCUCAUGAAAUAAUUUUCUAUCAAUGGAAAUUCUGGGUAGUGUUGAAGAUGCCUCAAACUAGGUAUGAACUGAGCUAUGUAAAUAUUGAUACCCUCUCAUGAUUACAGAGGGGGUUUGCAGUCAUAUUUUCUUCACGUAUGGUUGGAAAUCUUCAAUGUUGCACAUUUCCACCUUCAAGCAAGAUCUGAAGCAAGUUUAUUAUCCCUGAUAACUCAGCUUUGUUCUUUGCUUGCUCAGCCUCCCCGAGCACUUUGAAUUCGCAGUUUCAUUCAUCUGUGCUUCCCAGCCUGAAAUGGCACACAAUGUACUUCCAUGGCGUAGCUGGCAGCGUUUUGCUGACGUGUGAAUUAUUUCUUUGAGCUUCCUGAAGUCGAAGUGCCUGCUUCUUUGAAAAUCAUGUG